AUGCAUAGAUUUAUAGUACCCAAGUUGCAGCUUGUCCUACAAGACUUCCAAGUAAACCCUGUAAAUCAGAGACUUGAUCAAUUUAAUUGGGUGAUGAGUUGGGCUUCUGCUAUUCCAAUUCAUCUAAUGGUAGAUAUGAUGGGGAAGUUUUUCUUCACCAAGUGGCUACAGGUUUUGUAUCACUGGUUAUGUUCGAACCCUAAUUUUGAAGAGGUUUUGAAUUGGUAUAAAGGUUGGAAGGAACUCAUUCCUGAGGAGCUUCAUGCAAAUGAAAGUAUCCGGUAUCAGCUUAAUUGUGGUCUUGAUAUGAUGAAUCGGGCUGUUGAGGGUAUGGAAGUGAUCCAACCUGGUUUGAAGGAGAAUAUUAGCUACCUUAGGGUGCUUGAGCAAAGGCAAUUUGAGGCACAACAGAAAGCAGCAGCAGCACAAGCAAACUUGGGUGGCCCUGCUCACAUGGAUGGCAUUGGUAAUGAGAUGAGCUUGAAAGAUGUUAUCGAAGCCCAUGCGCAGCAGCAUGGUCUGCUAUUUAGGCCUAAACCUGGGCGGAUGCAUAAUGGUCACCAGAUAUAUGGCUUUGGCAAUGUAAGCAUAAUAGUUGACUCUCUAAAUCAAAAGGUAUAUGCCCAAACAGAGGAAAGCUGGUCUCUUGUAUCCCUUGAAAGGUUGCUUGACAUGCACAAUAGUUCUCUUACAAGAAGACGCUGA